GUGGGGCAGGCAGGAGGGAGCUGAUUGGUGGCGCCGUGGCAGUGGGGCAGGCAGGGCAGCGGCCCAGUCCUCGCCGGGCGCCCACACGAUCGUGCCCCGUGGUGCCAGGGCGGCGGUGGCAGCGGGACCACAACGGUGACAGCAGCGAUGGGCGCCGGGACGGAGCCGGCGGAGGCGCGGUGUGACGCGGCCGAGGGGAGGGUCUACCUGGACCACAACGCCACCACCCCGCUGGCCCCCGAGGUGGCCCAGGCCGUGCGGGACGCCAUGUGCCAGGCCUGGGGCAACCCCAGCAGCUCCCACCCUGCAGGCAGGAAGGCGAAGGAGCUCAUCGGCAGCGCCCGGGAGAGCCUGGCCAGGAUGGUGGGAGGCCGGCCAGAGGACAUCGUCUUUACCUCAGGGGGCACGGAGGCAAACAACAUGGUGAUCCAAACCGCCUGCAGGCACUUCCGCGAAAGCCAGGCCGGGCCGGGGGACAGCCGGGGAGCGCCACACGUCGUGACAUCGAGCGUGGAGCACGACUCCAUCCGCCUGCCGCUGGAGCAGCUGGUGAAGGAGAACCUGGCGGAAGCCACCUUUGUGGCUGUGUCCCCACAAAGCGGGCAGGCUGAGGCAGACGACGUCCUCGCUGCCAUCCGACCAACCACCUGCCUGGUUUCCAUCAUGUUGGCCAAUAACGAGACUGGGGUCAUCAUGCCUGUAACAGAGCUGAGCCAGCGCGUCCGUGCCCUCAAUCAGCGGAGAGUGGCGGAGGGGCUGCCCAGGAUCCUGGUGCACACAGACGCGGCACAAAUGAUCGGCAAGGGGCGUGUGGAUGUGCAGGAGCUGGGGGUGGACUACCUCACCAUCGUGGGACACAAGUUCUACGGCCCACGGAUUGGUGCGCUGUAUGUGCGCGGCCCCGGCACCACCACCCCGCUGCACCCCAUGCUCUUUGGAGGGGGACAGGAGAGGAAUUUCCGGCCAGGCACCGAGAACACCCCAAUGAUCGCUGGCCUCGGCCAGGCUGCAGAGUUAGUGAGCAAGAACUGGGAGGCCUACGAGGCUCAUAUGCGGGGUGUUCGGGAUUACCUGGAGGCCAGGCUGGAGGCCUCCUUUGGGAAGCAGAGGAUCCACCUCAACAGCCACUUUACGGGUUCCAAGCGACUCUGCAACACCUCUAACUUCUCCAUCCUGGGCCCAGGCCUUCAAGACCUGUGCUUGCGUGUGCUGCAGGGCGAAGGGUGCUGUCUCGCUGCAAGACGCUUCUGGCCAGCGUUGGGGCUGCCUGCCACUCGGAGAAAGGGGAUCGGCCCUCCUCGAUUCUGCUCAGCAGCGGGAUCCCCUACGCCGUGGCACAGAACGCCUUGCGGCUGAGCGUGGGGCGAGACACCACCCGGGCAGACGUAGACCUGGUCGUGCAGGACCUUGUGCAGGCUGUGGCACAGCUGGACCAGGACCAAGCCCCGUAGCCCCCAGGAAUCGCUCCCCAGCCGUCACCCAGGUUCUCAGGAUGGGAUUGUGCCCUGCUGGGCCCCCCGGGUGCUGGCUGCCCAUGUCAGUUUGGGCUCAGGUUUUGGCAGGAUGUUUUGCACCUGCUCCCGAAGUUGAACUGACCAGCCCGCAGCUUGUGAUCGUGGAUCAGAUGUUAGGGAAGCGGAGGCUGGUGGUGGAAGGAAGUGGGAUCAUCCAUUUCGGCAGCAAUGCUCUCAGGUCUGCUUAGCUGUAUCAGCUUGUGCUCAGAGGGAUCACAGCGGGGCUGGCACGGCUCUGCAGCACGCGUGGCUUCAGCAGAGAUGCUAGUGCAGGUGCUGGAGGCAGCAGGGAGCUGUGCUUAGGAGGGGGCUUUGCUGCUUUGGGGCUGGGGCAGCUCAUCCAGAGCUUGCUCAGGACUCCCUCAUCUCUGCUGCAUGGUUCAGCCAUCUGGGGAGUCUCGCUGUCGGGUGCUCCUUGCUUGCCGGCACGUACCCAGCUGGCUGCGUGCACGUUGGCAUGAUGGAGUCUCAAAGCUUGGCUCCCUCCAGAGCGUAACAGGCGUGGAAGCCUUAGGAGAUGGAGCCUUUUGCCCUGGUUGCUUUCCACAAAGGAAGCUUUCCCACUGUCUUACCACUCAGAGGAGGAAAGGCCAUCUGCCCCGAGGGAAGUGAGUUGAAGCACAGCAAGAUGCUGGGCUGGGAACUGCCCUGCCUCUGCCAGGGCCCUAAGCUACCGAAGGGUUUUCUGGCUGGGAAGGUGUCGGGGCACUGCGCUGCAUUACCUGCUCCCUUCCUCCUGUCCUUCCUACAGUGGGCAGAGCUCCUGUUGCCAGCUCCGCGUGUUCCCAAAGGAAACAGUUGUUGGGGCAGCUGUAACUGUGCCAGCACCCAAAGAAACCUGUCUCUCCUGCGUGGCUCAGGUGGUCACUCUCAUCACUCAGGACACAAGUGUCACACGAAUUAGGAGCGUUGCGGCUGGGCUGACUGAUGUCGGGGAACCUGGUCUCCCUGGGUAUUCAUAGGAAUAAAAGUGAUUGCUGCUGCUGUGGCUUUUUCCCAAGUA